UUCAAAAAAACUAUCAUUAUCGGUAAAUCUUUUGAUUUGGAAAGUUAAUUUCUUACAAGAUGUUUUACUACCCAAACGUUCUCCAUCGCCAUUCUGGAUGUUUUUCAACAAUUUGGUUAGCAGCUACCACACGCAACCGUGUUUCUCGCAGGGAGUGGCUGGGUGUCAAUGUGAAGCUGACAUGCAGAGACAUCUUGGACUAUGUUCUGGGACAGGUCCCCCCCCCUCAGCCCCACCAGCCCAGGCCUCGCUUCUCCCUCUACCUGUCGUCUCAGCUGCAGUACGGCGUGGUCGUCGUCUACCACAAGCAGUGCAGCUUCCUGUUGGAGGAGGUUCAGCAAUGUAUCGGCCGCUGGCUCCGUUCUAAGCAACGUGCUCAAAUCGACCUAGCUGAAUCUGACAGGAUGGCUCUGGAUGUUCCUGAUGACCUGAACCUGAUGGAAAAAGCUGAGGGAGCUCAGGACCCUUUCUUUGGUCGGAUGGCAUCUCACCAGCUGCCCAGCCCCGAUAAGCUGGUGGUGGCAGAGUUUGAGUAUGAAAGUUUGCAGCAUUCCUUGGUUUGCAGCCCCAACAUCAAACUGAAUCAUGAAGAUCUCAGCCUGCCUGCGGCCGCCAUCACGCUAACGGAGAAGGAGCAGUUUGUCAUCAACGCUGCUGAGGACUUUGCAGGACCUGACCUUCCUGAGGUCACGGCUAGAGAAAUCCAGCUGCUGAUGGAUCAGCCCGAUCACUUCAGACGAGAGGAGGAGGAGGAAGAGGGGGCUAAUGAGAGGACCAGGGAUCAAGUGGCAUCUUCCUGCGACCUCCAGCUGAAGGAGACGAUGCUGGGGACGGAGCAGGACAGCAUGUGGAUGCUGGACCAGGAGGCGGGGGGAUCUGUGGAGGUUCCUCUGGCAACCAUAGCCAAUGAGAGGACGCCGGAGUGUGUAGCCAUGCCAUCGGAGAGUCUAGAAGAGAGUCUCUGUGAGGAGGUGGCUGAUCGUCCUCCGAGGAAGCAGAGCGGUAGGCGCCGGCGGCAGCUGGUCUUUGUGGACCCUGAGGUCCAGAUCUCAGACAAAGAAAUGCAGAAGCAGAUUGAAAACCCCCUGAUUGAAACUAAGAACAUGAUGGAGACGAUGAUAUUACUCCCUGCUCUGACCCAGAUGGCCUCCUCUGCUCAGCUCUUCAGCGCCCCCUGUGGAUCGCUCCUCCACCCAAGCCUCCUGUCGCUAUGGAAACAGCAGGCCUCCAUCACCCCCCUGAACAAGAGCAAUGAGAUGAAGGGAGCAGAGGGGGUGUCGGAGCAAGACAUGGAGACGCUGCGGAUUGAGAGGAAGAGGAGGCUGUCACGCAUAGAGGAGAUGAGCAGCGAAUCAGGACUUCAGACCACAGAGGGUUCCUCUGCAUUAGAUCUGAUGCUGGAAGUGUCCAAAGAAGGAAAGGCUGGAAGCGACGGCUUGACUCCCGUCAGCAGAUGGUCUCCACAUGAGGAUGUCCAGCCAGCGAUGGAGCCCAUCAUGGAGGAGAACCUGGAGAUGCCUCAGAGCGACACAGAGGGCCUGCUGAGUUCCAUCGCCUCCGUCCAGCUGAAAUAUGGGAUGGUCACCUUUCACUAUUUGCUGCCCCCAGAGGCUGACCGCUUUACUGCAGCCUGCACUUUUAGCAAACUGUUGGAUCUGGUGUCGGAUAAACAGGUGACUGCCGGUCAGCCUAAGCCCUACGGGAACAUUAGCAUAAAGCCAGCAGCAACCAGGGCAGCGCAUUCAUUCUGUCCUUAAAUUAAACGUUAUCAGUAGUUUGUCUGUUGCUCAAAUUUGUGGUUUUUAAGCAUUUUUAAAAGUUGGAUGUUAAAAGAAAUGCAGUUUUUCUAUCUUUUAGAGUUUUAAUGAAUUUAUACGUUUUUAAUGUGUUGUUAUGGUUCCAUCUUGUAUUUGUUCUG